AUGGAUGUGGUGGGAGAGAAUGAGGCCUUGCAGCAGUUCUUUGAAGGGAAAGAUGUCCAUGGAACCUUGGAGAAUCCCAUGGUGGAUACCAGCAUGUUGGAGGAAUUCCUGAGUAGUGACAUAGAGUUUGGAACUUUGCAAAGCCAGCUGCCAGACUCCCCACCAGACUCUGGAUCAGAACCAUGCUCUCCACCACAGCUCCAGACCCCAUGGUAUGACACUGCACGACCCAGCAGGCUGCAGCCUCUGCCCCCAUGUCCCUCUGCUGUGGCACCCAGCAGGCUUCCCUGCAGGUUCAUGGAGUCUUACUCUGGCCCCAGUGGCAAUGGGGAUCCUUGCACCAUCCCCCUGAGCUGCUGCCUGAAGACAGAAAGUGCUGUGGCUCCUUGGAAUCAUUCUGCAUCCUCCAGCUGCUUGGGUUUUAAUUCGUGCCUUCAGCCAAACGCAUCUCAGAUUCCUGGUAGUUCUGCAGUGUCAGGGCACAAAAGGAAGCUCUCACAGGUACUGGGAGAUGCCACUGAUUCUCCAUUCCGACCUCAAGACUCCAGACAAGCAACUGUUAAGGACUGUGCAGCUGAAGUGCAAGAGUAUGACAGUGAUGGACAGAAUGCAGCUCUGGAAAGAUGCUGUCAAGCUCUAACGUGGCAACCCUACCAAAGUUCUCAGUGGCACAGCUUAUUUAAUUCUAAUUAUGAGAAACUGCCUGCUGUGGGAUAUCACAUUGUCACAGAUAAAGGGUUUAAUUUUUCAGCAGCAGAUGAUGCCUUCGUGUGCCAGAAGAAGAACCAUUUCCAAAUCACAGUCCACAUCAGAAUCACUGGCCAUCCAAGAUAUGUCAAAACUCAGCUAGGGGGGAAACCAAUAGAAAUGUUUUGCUUGAAAGCUUUUGGAAUAAAGGUGGAAGCUCCAAAUCAAACAGUUGCUAUCGAGCAGUCUCAGUCAGACCGCAGCAAAAAAACUUUCUACCCUGUCAAAGUUGACCUGCCAGGGGACCAGAUAACUAAAGUGACGCUGGGAAGGCUGCACUUCAGUGAAACAACAGCAAAUAAUAUGAGAAAAAGGGGGAAACCUAAUCCAGAGCAGAGGUACUUCAUGCUGGUAGUUGGAUUGUAUGCUGUCUCCCAGGACCAGCUCUACCUGCUGUCUGCAAGUGUCUCUGAAAGGAUCAUUGUGAGGGCAUCUAACCCCGGGCAGUUUGAGAAUGAGGGCGAUGCGGUGUGGCAGCGAGGCCACGUUCCGGAGACGAUCGCCUACCACGGUCGAGUAGGGAUCAACACAGAUGCCCCAGACGAAGCGCUGGUGGUCUGCGGGAACGCCAAAGUCAUGGGCAGGGUCAUGCACCCCUCUGACAGCCGAGCCAAGCAGAACAUCCGCGAGGUCGAUACGAGUGAGCAGCUGAGAAGAAUAACACAAAUGAGGCUGGUGGAGUAUGACUACAAGCCUGAAUUUGCAUCUGUUAUGGGAAUAAAAAACACUCAUGAAACAGGAAUAAUAGCCCAGGAGGUGAAGGAGCUUUUACCUCAAGCUGUCAGAGAAGCUGGAGAUGUUGCAUGUGAUGAUGGAGAAAAAAUAGAAAACUUCCUCAUGGUUGACAAGGAUCAGAUCUUUAUGGAGAACGUUGGUGCUGUAAAGCAGCUCUGUAAACUAACCAACAACCUUGAAGUCAGAAUAGAGGAAUUGGAACAGUGGAACAGGAAACUGGCCAAGCUGAAACGGAUGAGCAGUUUGAAGUCAACAGUCAGCGAAGAGAGCAAAGUCAGCAGGUAUAGCCGAGCUGCUAGCCUUUUGCCAUCCCAAAAAUCAGUCCUGCUAAAAUCCAGACAGGUUUGUUUGUCAAAGACGAGAGAGUCUUGCUCCGUGAAGGUUUUCCAGGCCACCAUAAUAGCUUUGCUUGCUGUUAUGGCACUAUGUGCCUUGGCAAUAUCAACCCUGUAUCUGCUCAGCAUUCAGGACCGGCGUUUGGGAAACUACCCGACUUACAGCAGUACCUCAAGUUCUGUCUUACUCUCCCCCUCCACCACUGCAGCAGCAUUGCAGGAGGGAAGCACAGUUCCUCAGAGCACACAACCCAUCAGCAGGAUCCCUGAAGUGGAUUUCUGUGACAUUUUGCCUUGUGACAAGGUCUAUUGCUGUCCAAUUCAUCAGCCAAAAGUCAGACCUCUAAGCUACGAGAAGAGCAAUGCAAGGAAGAAACGAAACAAAAGUGAUGUGUUCCCUGGAGGAGAUCCAGUCAAAAGAUCUAGUGGAAAACCUUAUCUUGGAAGUGACUGGAUUGAUACAACAAUCAGUUCCAUCCGGAUUUUGGAAACCCAGCAAAGCAUCGACAAUCGCUAUUGCAGCUCACACGUGCAGUGCAGGUUUGGAAAUUACAGCUAUGUUAUUCCUGUUAACAAAUACACACCCAUGGAUGUAGAAAUCUCACUGGAACUAAACACCACAGAGCCUCUCAUCAUCUUCCUCUGCAAAGUCACUUUUGGCAAUUAUUGCUCCUGGUAUUCUUCAAGCCAAGAGGGUGGGAAGAACUUCCUAGCAACCACACAGGGACAUCAGCACAUCUGGCCUCUCCCCGUGGCUCAGCUGUAUGACAGUGCGUACCACUUCCGUGUGGCUCUACCGGGUUUUGCAAGCUGCCUGACAGAUCCUUACUUUGCUGGACUGUUUUUCACUGACUACUACUUCUAUUUUUACCGUCAGUGUAACUGA